CGCACUCGAACAGGGUGGGGCAGCUGUCAUACAUGUCUACGAUGCACAAGGCGUACCCUCAACUCCGGAACCGCUGGAUCGGCCUGAGCUGGACGCCAUGAGACAGCGUGUACAGCACCUCGGACUUACAGGGCCUAGUCCGAGUCGAGAUGCGACACCACUGGAGAGAGAACUCGCAACCAUGGUCUUGCGCUUGACCUCCGAUGCCGUCCUCCAACCAUCCCCCUCGCAGUUAGCCUCCCAAGCUGAGACUAUAGCUACUCUUAACCUCCAGCGCCAUUUACUGCUUCACGGUCGAGAGGAAGAGCGCGCGCUGUGGGAUGUCGAGCGUCAAGGCUGGGAUCGCACCGCGGAGGCCCUCCUCCGCCAGCGGCGCGAUACCAAGGGCGUCGCGGAAAAGGACCACGUGAGUGCAUAGUGCAUAUGUCGAUGGCUUGCAGGUCUGUGUGUAUAUCCUCAUUUUCUCGUCCUCGGGUUCCUAUGUAGCUAUCACAGACAGGUCUC